AUGUCUUUGGCGCCGAGCACUCGAUUCAUUUUUUUCAUAGUUGCAAUUUUCAUUUUAUUGGAGCAAUGUUAUUGCUCUGAGAUUGUGAAUAAAAGCCAGGACGCUCUGCUGGCUGAGGCUCAAAUAAAAAUCCUUCUGCUGACUCUCUUGGGUCUUGGCCUUCUGAUUCUUUUGGGUUGUUUGGGUGAGUUUUAAUGAUUGCCAUUCCGAUAAUCAACUCACUGAGCGGAGAUUUCCGAUUUCCUUCGCUCAGGAUGUAUUUGCUGUUUCUUCCGGAUUCCGCAGGCUACGCCAUCGACUUCCGAUGGCCUCGAUGUCUAUGCCCCGCGAACCCAGAGCAUUGUGUGGCCCACUUUGCCCCAGGAGACGGCCCACAUCCUGGAACUGACCUUCAUCCACACCGCCAAGGUCGGCUGCCUCUGCCACAACUGUCGCUUCGCCAGUAACUCGCUCUGCGUCGAAAACUCUGCCAGGUGGAUCUUGCUGAUGGUCACCUCGAUUUCCCAUUUUCACCUGGCCAAAGCCAAUGAAAAUUUUACGGACUUCGACUGGCUAAAUGAGACGCAGCUGCUCCAGAUGUUUGAGUACGAUAACGAGAACGAAAACGAAAAUAACACUACUGGGAAUUACACGGAAUCCGAUGUGGAAACGCCAGAGGAACUGGAAAACUUAAGCGGUGGUCAAACGGUUGCAAAUAGGAUCAUCAAUGCUACAAUUGAAUUUCCAUUUGAAGAGCUGAGGAAACAUCGGCACUAUGCUCGUUUUGUCUUCAUGGUUUUGAUUUUACACAUUGCCGUUGUGGGAGUUGGCAUAACUGUCUACUGCUGUGUGUUCUACAACGUCAGGACCUGGAAAAAGCGGACGAGGAUGGAGGCGCAACGACGUCUGCAACUGACGAGCCUGCAGUCGCAGCACAUUCCCAAUUCCCGGGAUUGCCCGUGCCACGGAUGCGUAUUGGCCAGGGAAAUGCUGCAGAGUUUAAUCAUGCAGCAAUUGCAGGAAUUGGCCGAGUGCUGACCCAGAAUGCCCUUUUUGGGAAAGAACUUAUUUGUCAAAAAAUAAGAACGCAAAUCCCAUGCAUGAAUUUGGCAUGUGAAUGCAACCUUCGAAUGACAUUGAUGCUGAUACAAGUGAGCAGAUAUCUGUAAUAUGUUUGCA